CCAUGCGAUUUACUGCUGCCACCCAUCGGUUAGCAAAAUAUAUGAACACGAAACUAAUUGUUGCAUGAUUUGUGUAUCAUUAUUCAAUCUCAGAUUUCCAACCAUCCCAUAUACUGAGAUUCGAUUUGAGAGGAAAGAUCAGUGAGGCGAGGAAAGCAAGGCCGAAGGACGCGUCUGUAUUGGCUGCCUGCUGUCACCUGUGAGCCAGCGUCAAACGACAGAAGGGACGACCUACAGAGACGCCUUCCUGCUUGUACUGUACCGAAAUUACGGGUGUGGUCUGCCAAGCGUUCGUGGCGUGGUUGUAAUGGUGCCAGAGUGUCGCAGAGUCGGCUGCAUCUAGCCUCCCAUGGCUGUCACCACCAUGGACCCAGAGUCUCCCCGGACGCCCCAGCCCCAAAGCACCUUGGGUAAAGUCCCGGGGCCGUCCUCGCUGCUGCCCAGCAGGGGCGUGGGGGAGUGGCUCGGCCCUCACGGCAAGCACUACGCCUGCGGCUCGCUGGCGGCGUUCACCAACAUCGUGGUGACCUUCCCCAUGCAGAAGGUCCUGUUCCGCCAGCAGCUCCACGGCGUGCGGGUGGGCGAGGCCCUGCGCCAGCUGCAGAGAGACGGCCUGAAGAACCUGUACCGCGGCCUGCUGCCCCCCCUCCUCCAGAAGACCACCACGGUCGCCAUCAUGUUCGGCCUGUACGAGGACUUCUCCCGGGUGUUGCUCGACCGCGCCGGGAGCAGCGGCGUGCCGGAGCUGGCCACGCGGAGCUUCGCCGCCGCGCUGGCGGGCACGGCCGAGGCGGCGCUCACGCCGUUCGAGCGCGUGCAGACUCUCCUGCAAGACCACCGGCACCACGGGCGCUUCCAAAACACGGCGCACACCUUCCGGACGCUUCUGAGCGAGUACGGGGUGAGGGAGUGCUACCGGGGCCUGGUGCCCGUGCUGCUGCGCAACGGCCCCAGCAACAUCCUGUUCUUUGGGCUGCGCGGGCCAAUCAAAGAGCAGCUCCCGGAGGCCAGCAGCUGGGCGGGGCACAUGGUCAACGACUUUGUGUGCGGGGGGGUGCUGGGGGCGGCGUUGGGGAUCAUGUUCUACCCGUUGAACGUGGCGAAGUCGCGGGCGCAGUCCCAGGUGGGCGGGGCCUUCCGGCCGUGCCAGGAGGUGCUGCUGACCGUGUGGCGGGAGCGGGGGGGCAGCGUGACGGAGCUGUUCCGCGGGGCGCACCUCAACUACCAUCGCUCGCUCAUCUCCUGGGGCAUCAUCAACGCCACCUACGAGCUGCUGCUGAAAGUGCUUUGACGCGCCGCUUCGGGCCGUGCGAGAUGGGAGGCGGAGGGGAGGAAGGGAAAGGGAGGGUGGUGAAGAGAGGAAGUGGAGAUUUUUUUUGGGGGGGAAAGGGUGUUGUUGACACUGAAGAGGCACUCUGUCUUCGCGAGAGACUGUCAGGCUUGGAGGCACCUAUAGCACACCGGUCCUGCCAUACAACUCUGUCGAACAGACCGGGGGGUUUAUGGUGGAGGAGGAGGAAGCGUUGAAGAGGUUGACUUGCACUUAUUAUGGGGGCCAGCUGUCAGUCACCUGUGAACCACCUGCCGUCGUCAAGGUGAUGUCAAGGUCACAUGACUGAAAUGGUACGCACACAUCAGCCUAGAUACAACCUGUGCCAGGGUCCAAAUGAAAUGCCCACGUUGUCACACAGUAAUUAAAGUCAUACGUUGUCGUUAGGGUUACGAAAACAAUUCAAUCGAUGAACUUAAUAAAGCCGCAUUCACAUGUGAUUGAACAUGAUUGACGAUCCUAAUUGAGAUUGACUGAUUGUUUUGUAAGCACCUUUGUUGAUGUUGUUUGACCCGAGGCAUUUUUCAUUGGUUUGAUAAAACCAUUUAUAAAAAUGACCAAGAGCAAGUCUUCAAGAAUAGUUGAUAUUGUUGCUCAACAAAUCGGCCUUUUGUUUAUUGGGUGUGAUUAUUCAUCUGUCCAACCAAUAGAUCCUUAACUUUGGUCCUCAUGUGAACUCAGGGAUGCUGAUGGUUUGCCAACUGAUUCUACCAAUCAGUCAUUUUAGACUGUACUUAUUUAGUUUUCUGCAGUGUAACUGUUUGUAAGUGAGCACCCUGUAAGUAUUACUUGAACACUUACUUUAAUUGAAUAUCAGUAUACUCAGAAACACAGGAAGACCUAAGGAAAGGUAUAUUUUAGUCCUAACCAGUUAGUCCAAACCAUGUCAAUGUCAUCAAUGCAAAUAUAAAUGAAUUGUGACGGGGACGGGGGAAAUCCAAUUUUGUCGUUGCUUGUGAGUUCUGAAGUGCUAUUUGUAGUGUGUGUGUUUGUCUGUAGUGAGUUUUUAAAGUGCCCAUCAGUUAAAAGUGGAAGUAAAAUGAGUGUAACACCCUCA